AUGGUAGAGGUACUCGUGAUAUUGGCGAUGGUAGUCGUUUCCGUUUGUUCGGAGAGGUACUUAAUGACUCUAAGCCCUUCGCAAUCGACGAUAGUUGAACUUGAAGCUUGCAGUGCCCAUGUCUUCAUCGACGGUAGUGAUACACUAGUCGGAGAGGGACUUGGCGAAAAUCCCAGUCUCAGGUUCUGUAGUCGUUCACAGGGCCCAACACAGGGUCUUGGCGAAACCGGGGUGCAUCUUGGCGGUCUCGUCUCGGUCUUCAAUCCAAAACGAAGCAAUGCAAAAGACUCGGUGCAGUGGUACUUGGUGAACCGAAACAUGCAGCACCAGACGGUCUUGGCGGUCAACGACGGGAGGCGGGCAGCGAAGCAGCAGCAACGUGCGGGCACUGUACAGCCACGGCGGGCACCAUGGCCGUGA